AUGGAUGCUUAUGUUGUUAUUAUUCAUAAUCCUAAUGAUUUUCCUGAUAUUGGUUCGGGUAGUGCUAUUGAAGUAUUUCCCAUGAAUAACGAGGAAUCAUUCAUAGCGAUUAGGGCCAAGUUUAUGGAUACCAGCGAACAGUUAAGAACUUUUGAUCCAACAUAUCGAAAGUGUUAUUUUGAUGACGAAUCACCUGAUCCGGAUUUGCUUUUACGCAAUACUUAUACUUUUUCCAAUUGUAUAACACGAUGUCGUAUUCGUAGCAUUGCUGCCUUAUGCAAUUGUGUUCCAUUUUAUAUGCCUUUAGAAUAUAUGGAGAAAGUUGGAGUUCCUUACUGUAGUUUACAUCAUGUUGCUUGUAUGAAUCGUUAUAACUUUAAAUGGCGUAACGUGCUUACAAAGCGCAUUAGCAUUUUGGGUUUAGAACGUGAAGUAGAGGAGGCCUUAUAUUGUCCUCAGUGUCUGCCAUCGUGUGAUGAUACACAAUAUGAUAUUUCCAUGAUGUCUCUACCUACAGAUCGUCUGGUCUUACCGGAAAAUGUGGGUGAUGAUUUUAAUUUAAAACUGGAGGACUUGUCAGUGUUGCGUGUGUAUUUUGGUGAACCUACUGCUCUCUUCUAUAAGCGUGUGAUUAGUAAUACCUGGGAGGAGGCAUUUAAAUGGCAAAAAGACGAAAACUAA